AUGGUUGAUCGAUUAGAGGACAUGAUUUGUGACGUGGGUAAACAGGCUUUUGAGCAAUCCCAAGCAUACAAUAAUAUGUACAGUGAUGCAGAGACACCUUUAUAUCUAGGGUGCGAGGAAUUUAGUUUGUUGAAAGUAGUGUUGGAAUUGGUGAACUUGAAAGCUAGAUCUGGGUGGAGUGAUAAGAGUUUCACAGAAAUGCUUGAGUUAUUCCAAUUAAUGCUUCCAAGAGAAAAUGUAUUGUCGGUUCGUUGCUAUGAGGCAAAGAAAAUUUUAUGCCCACUGGGCAUGGAGUUUAAGAAAAUACACGCAUGCCUAAAUGACUGCGUAUUGUACAGGAGAGAGCAUAAAGAGGAGCAAAAGUAUCCUGUAUGUGAAACAUCAAGGUAUAAAGAAAACAAAGCUCCUGCGAAGGUAUUAUGGUAUCUUCCAAUCAUUCCAAGGUUUAAACGAUUGUUUGCUAAUGAAAAGGAUGCAAAGAAUCUAAGAUGGCAUGCGAAUGACAGGAUUUCAGAUGGAAAGCUUCGACAUCCAGCCGAUUCAGAACAAUGGAAGAAAAUUGAUACUUUAUUUCCUGAGUUCGGCCGUGAUCCAAGGAACCUUAAGCUUGGACUUAGUACAGAUGGCAUGAAUUCUUACAGCAGCCUUAACAGACCGAAACAACCGGGAAAUGACAUUGAUGUUUACCUAAGACCCUUGGUCAAAGACUUAAAAAAGCUGUGGGAAGUAGGUUAUAGUAUUAAGGGGCAUAAAGCGUGUCCGAUUUGUGAAGCGGGCACAUGCUAUCAUCAACUUCAUCAUGGAAAGAAGACAGUCUAUCUUGGCCAUAGGAGGUUUCUUGAAAAGGACCACCAUUAUCGUAGAAUGGGGAAAGCUUUCUAUGGUGGUCAAGAGCAUGGAACUGCCCCAAAGCCAUUGACAGGGGAGCAAGUUUAUGAAUUGGCAAGUCUAAGGGACGGUGUGAAGGCAAGAUUGGAUUUGGUAGACAUGAAAAUUAAAGAAGACUUACAUCCAAGGCUGGUUGGUAAGAGGACUUACUAUCCUCCGGCUAAACAUACUUUGUGCAAGGAUGAGAAAAGAAGCCUGUUGAGGGAGAUAAAGUUGUGUGGCCCUGUGCAUUUACGAUGGAUGUAUCCAAUUGAAAGAACAAUGAAAGUUCUAAAAGGAUAUGUGAAGAGUCCACACCGUCCUGAAGCAUCUAUUGUACAAAAAUAUGUCUCUAAAGAAGCAACAAAAUUUUACCAAGAUUAUUUAAACAAUGUACGACCUAUUGGGUUAAGACAAUAUGAUGUCAAAGAUCGUAGACGUGGCAUUUCUGUGAAGACCGUUGAUCCUCAUGAAUUGCAACAAGCACACUUACAUAUAUUGAAUAAUGUUGAUCAAGUUCAAGACUAUAUAGAUGUGCACAAAGAACUUGUGAGGAAGCAAAAUAGUCGAAUUAGGAUAACUGAGCAAAGAUUAAUUAGAGAGCAUAACAAUACUUUUGCAAAGUGGUUUAAGCAGAAGGUUGAAAAGAAAGAUUGUGUUUAUGAUAUUUUUAAGGGGCUGGCACAAGGUCCUGAGUGUGAUGUUAUAUGCUGGACUGCAUUUGAUAUUAAUGGGUAUUUGUUCUACACGAAGUCUCUAGACAAUAGGAGUAAUGUGCAGAAUAUGGAAGACAAAUUAAACAUGGAUCGUAGUUGGAUAGAUGCCAAACGAAUGAGCGCAGAAUAUAGUAAUGGGGUUAAGGGGUUUUUGGAAUUUGCACAAAGCAAUGCUGAAGAUGAUAGUGGGAGGUUUUAUUGUCCUUGUAGGGACUGUUUGAAUGAGAGGCGGCUAAGUGUAGAUAAGAUAUACGAACAUUUAAUUUGUGAGGGGUUUCUCAAAAGUUAUAGAGUAUGGAUAUGGCAUGGUGAAAGAUUGAAUAUACCGAUGCCGAGUACAUCUCAAUCGUGA